AUGGAUUCUGUAACAUCUUCGAUCAUCCUAGCAUCCAUUGCAUGGAUAUGCAUUCUAAUAUCCCGGGCCUGGAAAUCAUCGAAACUUCCUCCGGGCCCGUACGGGCUCCCGAUCAUCGGCAACAUCCUCCAACUCGGGCCCAAACCCCACCACUCCCUCGCCAAACUAUCCCGCAAAUACGGGCCCGUGAUGUCGCUGAAGCUGGGCAGCAUCACAACCGUAGUUUUCUCCUCACCAGAAACUGCCAAACUCGUGCUUCAGAAACACGACUCUUCCUUCUCCUCCCGAACCAUCCCGUCCGCUAACAAAGUCCUCCGCCACCACGAGUUCUCCGUGGGGUGGCUGCCCGUCGGAACCCAGUGGGCGAAGCUGCGGAAGAUAUGCAGAGAGCAGAUGUUUUCGGCUCCGCGGCUGGACGCCAGCGAGGGUUUGAGGAGAGAGAAGCUGCAGAAGCUGCAGGACUACCUGGCGGAGCGGUGCGAGCGCGGCACCGCCGUGGACGUAGGAGAGGCGGCUUUCACGACGGCGCUGAAUCUGAUGUCGGCGUCGCUGUUCUCGGCGGAGUUCGUGCAGUUCGGUUCGGAGAAGUCGCAGGAGAUGAAGGAGGUGAUGUCGGGCCUCAUAAAAUGCGUUGGCAGGCCCAAUUUAGCCGAUUUUUUUCCGGUGCUGAAAGCAUUGGAUCCGCAGGGGAUUUACAAGGAAACCAAGUUUUAUUUUGAAAAGCUGUUUGCGAAAUUGGAUGAGAUAAUCGACGAGAAACUGAAAUCGGGGGGCCAGAAACGUGAUUUGGUGGAAGCGCUUCUUGAGAUCCACCGAUCAGAUGAAGCUCAGCUUACCCGACGCGACAUACGACAUCUCCUUCUGUCAUUCUCUUAA